UACCGCCGAGCUAGAGCAAGACUUGGUGCUUAUCGCUCUUGUAUAAACUUGCUUUCUCCCCGACUCGGGCUCUUUCGUUGGGCACCUCAAUCACUGCGCCAGUAAGCUUCUGCACCGAGCUGUUACUUGUGCCCGCCUCUACAAGAUGGAGUACGUCGAGCACCGCAUGAACGACGAGGCCGUCAAAGCAGCCGCCAGCGCCGGCCUCGUCUCGCCCCUCAACAUCCUCCUCCUCUCCAUCAUCCUCUACACAGGCUACUCCACCUUCUUCGCCAAAACCUCCUACCCGCAGCUCCCCAAGCCCCCGCCGCCCGUCGUCUUCAAGACCUACAACCCGCACACCCUCCUGCCCUUCAACGGCGAGAACGGCGCCCCCAUCUUCUUCGCCGUCCGCGGCGUCGUCUUCGACGUCACCCCCGGCCGCAACUUCUACGGCCCCGGCGGUCCCUACGCAAACUUUGCGGGCAGAGAUGCCACUCGUGGCCUUGCGUGCGGGAGCUUCGAUGAGAGCAUGCUGACCAAGGAUUUGGAUGGCCCGCUGGACACGUUGGCGGAUUUGGGACCGGAUGAGAUGGAUGCGCUGAGGGGCUGGGAGGAGCGAUUUACGGAGAAGUAUAAUAUCAUUGGCAAGUUUGUGUCGAUGAAGGAUUUCGAGGAGCUCGGCAAGAAGGAGUGAUUUUCAGUCACGUAAAUGCGGAAAAAGCUGAGAUAUAUGGGGUUUGGGUUUUCACGGGAAAUACAUAAGCAUGAAGAAAUGAGCGAGCAAUGGGAUUUUCAUUCAAAGAUGGAUUUUGUUUUUCGGGAACAGCUGAGCCUUUUUUUGCUUUGAUUCAAAGAGAAAUAAGGGUAAAAUGACAAAGU